ACAGUAUGAAUAACGGGAAAACAGGAACGCCUGUGCCAGGGGGCGACAGUGUGAAAGUAGCAGUGCGGGUGCGGCCUUUCAGCCAGAGAGAGAAGAAUGCUGGAAGCAAAUGUGUGAUUUCCAUGCAUUCCAGGACCACCACCAUACAAGACCCGAAGAACCCAGAACAUACCAAGACAUUUACUUUUGACCUGGCAUAUUGGUCUCACAGUGGAUUUCAAGUGGACAAAGAUGGUGUGUUUACAUCAGCUGAUCCUAAUAGUAAAUUUGCAGGCCAGAGAGAUGUUUUCCAUGAUCUCGGCAGGGGAAUUCUGGAAAGUGCUUGGCAGGGUUACAAUGCCACCCUCCUGGCUUACGGCCAGACUGGCUCUGGAAAAAGCUAUUCCAUGAUUGGGUUUGGCGCCAACAAGGGUAUCAUCCCCAAUGUAUGUGAAGAGCUCUUUCAAGCAAUGGAGAACCGGGAGAGAAAUCAAGAAUACCAGGUUACAUUCAGUAUGCUGGAAAUUUACAACGAGCAGGUGAGAGAUUUGCUGUCUAGAACCAAGAAGCCUGGAGGGCUGAAAAUAAGGGAAGACACACAGUGGGGCUUUUAUGUGGACGGGCUGAAGGCGGUGCCCUGUGAGAACUACGCCCAGAUCGAAAGGCUGCUGGAACAGGGAGCAAAAAUAAGGACCACAGCUUCGACCAGCAUGAACACCAGCAGCAGCAGGUCUCAUAUGGUCAUCACCAUCCAGUUCAAGCAGGUGUUCCUAGACAGAGGCCUCACCAAGCAAGCCAGCAUCAACCUGGUGGAUUUAGCAGGAAGUGAAAGGCAGAAAUCUUCAGGGUCCGAAGGAGACAGACUGCGGGAAGGAUCACGAGUGAACUUAAGUUUAACCAGUUUAGGAAAUGUCAUCAGCGCUCUGGCCGCUGCAGCCGCGGGGGAGAGAGUCCUGCACAUCCCCUACCGGGACUCCGUCCUGACCAAGCUGCUCCGGGCCGCCCUGGGCGGGAACAGCCGGACGGCCGUGUUAGCAGCCGUAAGUCCGGCUGACAUCUGCUAUGAGGAAACGCUAUCAACAUUAAGAUAUGCUGAAAGGGCUAAAAAGGUCCGGAACAAAGCUGUGGUCAACACCUCCACACUGAUGCGAGAGUCAAGGGCGGAGACCAGCGAACUGCUGCUCAGAGGUGGAGACUUCAGAAUGGCAGGUAAACCGAAACAGCCAGCCUACUUGCUGGCAGAACAGGCGCUCGGGCCUCAUAGUCAUCAGCUGACCUGGGCGCACCAGCUGGAGCAGGCUCGGCAGGAAUGGCAGCGGCAGCACGUGGCCACUGCCCAGGAGCGGCAGAUGCUGAAGACCCUGCCUCACCUCCUCAAUGUCAACGAGGACCCGCAGCUCAGUGGGGUCCUCAAGUACUCCAUUCAGGCUGGUUCAUGUGAUGCUGGUCGGGCUGCUUCCAACGCCAUCCCUCUUCAAGGCCUGGGAAUUUCAGAUAAACAUGCUUCCUUCACAAAUUUGGAUGGUAAAGUGACAGUCACCCCACACAGCAAAUGCAAGGUUGUCGUUAACGGGGUGCCCAUCACAACCAAGACGAAGCUGCAGCAUUUGGACCGAAUUAUUUUGGGAUCCAACAGUGCCUACCUCUACAUCGGGUUUCCUUCAGAGAGAGGCAGUGAGGACUGGAGCCGGUUUGAUUACGACUUUUUCCAGCUGGAAAGAGCAGCUGCCGAGGGAGUGAGUGUGGACAAGAUUGGCGCUGGGAGCGGCGGAGACGGGCAGGCAGACCCCAGCGUCCUGGCUGUGUUCCAGGACUACAUCAAACUGAUGCCGCUGCUUGCAGAAGCAAAUCAGAUGAGUGAGGAGCUGAAGAAGGGACUUAAAAUGGAAUUGAAAGUGAAGAAUUUAGCAUCAUCAGAUUCCAGGGGCUAUGACCUACAAAAAGAGGUCAUGGUGAAGGUGACCAACCAAAGCACUAGAGAGGUGUGGAUUUGGUCGAAAGCCAAGUUUAUCAAUAGGAAAUUCCUAAUGGAGGAACUUUACCAGCGCUUUCUAGAUGGAGAAGACAGCCACAUCGCUCAGGAAGACGACCCUUUCUGGGAUCCUGUCGAGGUCGUCCACUUGGGCUCAGCUCACAUCUGGCUCCAGUCGCUGGCCUACUGCAUGAAGCUGGAGGAGCAGGCGGAGUUUCUGAACUGCGACGGGCUGGAGGAGGCGGCGCUGCACAUCCACAUAACCCCCUGCACCCCGGCUGGACAAGCACGUGGUGAGGAGGACGUGGUUAUCGACCCUUUGGAGCUGCUGGGAAAGAGGAUGGAUUUCCAGAUUCGCAUUGUGCGGUGCCUUGGUGCCAAGUGGCUAAAGGAAGACGCGGAGCGGGGCAUUCAGAUGGGGUACAGAAUUUAUGAUCUUCCACACACUUUAUAUACCAAGCCUGUAUGGAAAAUUGUGAAUCCUCAAAUCGAAGAGUCUGUCCAAUUUACAGCCCUAAGUGCAUCCCGGGAGUUUCUGAAUUAUUUACAGACAAAUGCUCUCAUUGUUGACUUGUGGGGUCUUCAAGAGGGCUGCACUGAACUAUGCUUCUCUCGGCUGGACCUCAUGGUCACAGGUGAAGGCCACAUCAUGGUGGACACCAAGAACAUUUCUCCUGUGCUGGAUAUAGGCCAGAUUCCAUCCAAUCAGAUAUCAGAACUCUACCUGAAGCUGCUCAAAUUAGAACAGGAGACGGAACUGCUCAGAAACAUUAACAGAGCCCUCAGACAGGAAAAUGUGUUUCUCAAAGAAUCACUUGAGAAAAUUGGUUCUAGUCAACAAGCACCUAAAGCCCCUACUACCCUGAAGAUAACUAGGACGGCAGCACAAGUGCCGGGGCCCGGAGGGGGGAAUCGAGUGUGCACCCAGCCAGCCGGCUACGACAGAGAAUUCGCCAAGGCUCUCAAGGUGUUCUACCAGAGCAUGAACAUGGCAAGAGGGCAGUUUCUCAAACUGAGACAUUAUAAGCCCCCUGAAGACGAUCAAAUGCUUCGGCCAUUUGUAUACCAACAGUCACAAAUGUUAAAGGACUUUGGGGACUUACUUGAAUCCAGCUUGUGGAAACUGAAAAAUGAUGUAGCUCUUAUAGUGAAAAAGAAGAGAGAAUGUUUAUUGCACAGCAAAUGA